GCCACCGUCUACCUACUUGUUACACCGGAGUCUUGUCUGCCUGCUCCGGGCCGUUGGCGGGUCUCGUUCCGGGAACUAACAAAGCUCGUUUCCUCGGCUCUGGUUGUGAUAUGUGCGUGAUUGCGUCGUGCAGUGGCUUUCUUCACCCUUGCAGCUCCUGCCACAGGUUGCUGUUAACACUUGCUGGUGUCUUCUCAGAUGAAAUAUGAAGAUGCAGCGGACAAAGAAAAAAACCCUAAAAUGUGAAAAGUUCAUACUUCGCUAAAAUUCAGCGCUUAGUUUACUGUAAGAAAGCUUUGGACAAUACGCCGCCAUGUUGCCUACAAAUGUUAUGUCCUUUAUGAAAAAAAUGGUGGCGGCCGAGUCUGGAGUUGGAACAACCACCGCCGAAGCGGCUGAUGGAGGAACAACAUUCGGAAAAUUGAGACAAACACUUUCUUCCUCCUUACUGACGGCUCAGGAUAAAGUGACGAAAAUGUCACCGAGACCGUCAUUAAUACCGGAUAUCGAGCCGUCACCCCCUGCCGAUGAAAAACCGCCGGUAACGAUGGCGCCUCCAACUCCUCCCGUGGUUAAACCGGAGCCCGGAAAACCCCCAAGUCGAGCGGGAGCGUGCCGGGUGUGCCUCAAGGCUUUUAAACCCGACGAUUUCAGCAGGACGUGUGCCGAAUGUACGCAACGAGUCUGCGAGGACUGCGCCAGUUAUAGCAAACUCGCUGAAGAUGAGGAUCCCACCAAUUGGACAUGCAGCGUUUGUAGGAGGAAAUUGCAAUCAAGGGCGGCAUUGGCUCAAGACUCGUCGGAGAGUUUGUUGGACGUUCCAAUACAAGAAUUACAGAGAAGGCAUUCCGAGGCGCGGCUGGGAUCCGGGGGCGGCUUGACGACGGGAAUGGGGAGCGGUUUAGCCCCACCUCGUAGUCCGGAACUUAGAAGGCACUCGGAUGUGUCCCCUGCUUCGCUCAAGGAACUGGAAAAGUUGAAAGGCGGCGGCUCCAAGACCCCCGACCCCGACUGGACCAAAGGUCGAGGAGGUCGCAGUACGGCCAGCAGCCGCCAGAACAGCCCCCCUCGCGAGACAGCCCCCAUAAUCCAAGCGCCCCGAUCACGUCGAGGCUCAAGAGUGGCAAGACAGCACAGCUACGACGACGAAGUGAAAAACAACAUCGCACCUACGACGGUGGGGGACACCGGUCUGGGCUUGCCAGCCCCCAUGCCCAGGAGGGCUUCCGCUUACGACGUCUACGCAGUGCCCGGGUUGAGCACCGUGACGGCGCCGUCGGUCGCCGGAAGACGGCCGUCGUUUAGAGUACCCGCAGCUGAAACCACCAGUCCCCCAAGUCCGGAAACAGCCCCCGUCACGUUAACAGCCCCAGAGGAAGACAGGCGGACCAGGAGAAGGGGAUCGCAACUGCCGGACAUAGCCGGAUUGCGCACAAUGCCAGCCCCUCGACCGACUCCAGCUUUAGAGGAUUUAGAAGCGGCCCCGAGGCGGCAAGCUUCGGUGGACGCGGAGGCCAUUCGAAUCGUCAUCCACGACGUGGAUUCGGGCUCGACGGCCGCCGCCCAGAGACGAGUUAUCCUCAGGAGAGACCCCACCGACAAGGCACACAGAACCCGCGGCUUCGGAAUGCGCGUCGUAGGCGGAAAGACAGCACCGGAUGGCCGCCUUUUUGCGUACAUCGUCUGGACUGUCCCUGGCGGACCAGCUGAAAAAGGAGGUCUGCAGCAGGGCGAUAAAGUGCUUGAAUGGGGAGGCGUCUCUCUCAUCGACCGCUCGUUUGAGGAAGUGUGUUCUAUAAUGGACCGCACAGGUGACGUGGUUGAGCUUUUGGUCGAACAUGCGACCGACUUGAGAAUGUGCGACCUUUUGGAUGACCCCAUUCCCAACAUGAACCGGAAGCCGUCGGAUGCCGCGAUCACGGCGCUGCACGUCGAACCGGAAACUGACAAGACGCCUUCGUCGCCGACAAGACGGAAACUUCCUAAAACGCCGGAGCAACUUGCGAGGGAGCGCACUGUCUCAGGAAGAAUACAAAUCCAAGUUUGGUAUCACGAUGAACGGAAGGAGUUGGUAGUGGCAGUCCUGGCUGCAGAUGAUUUGGCCCCGCGAGACGAAAGUCUCGGUUUUGGAUCACUUCCCGAAGCUUACGCCCGCUUAUGUUUAAUGCCUUUGACAACCGAAGACCACUGUCUCCAGACAGAAGUGGCCCCAGCCAGCCAAAACCCCAUUUGGAAUGCAAAUCUGAGCUUUCCCGGCGUUCCCGGCGACGAACUUAUGGAGCGCGUCCUCGAAAUCACCCUCUGGGACCUAAUCCCUCACAACGAACACGCUUUUCUCGGCGAAUGUUCCGUCGACCUCCAGAAAGCCUUCCUGGACGACCGGGCCGUCUGGUGCCGCCUGGAGGACCCCCGACAGCUGCGCGGCAAAUCCCCGCACACGUCCCCACGAGGGUCGAUAGCUGGUGCUGGCAAACGCAACGACUUCGGCAACCAGAGGAGCAUCUCCGACGACGUCGACUCCAUCGGAGAGUGCGCCAGCCUCCUGCACCCGGACCACGCGUGGGGCUCCCGGCGCGGCUCCAGCCAGUCGGAGCAGCUGGAGGUGGAGGUGUACCAGCUGGGGAAGGACUUCUCCAGGUCGCUGCCGGGCUCCAGGAGGUCGUCCUUCCAGUCGGCGCAGGAGCAAGCGGAGCAGGAGGGGCCGGCGGUGCCGCCCCCAGCGUCCUACAGCAGGGACCGGAGGCGGAGCAGCUGCACCAGGAUGCUGAGGGACCCGGAGGAGAUACUCAAGUCGCUGAAGGCGGUCAAGGGGGAGCUUGGACGGACUAUGAGCUUAUCGGCGGAAAAGAGACACAGAAGAUCGACCAGCGGCGCUUCGAACCGCGAGGAUCGCAAGAACAGCGUGAUGGAGAUCACCGAGACCGGCAAGGAGAGCAGCCCCCCUUCGAGCCCGGAGCGCACGUCGCCCCCUCGCCUGGGCCCCGGCCAGAUCAAGCCGCGGGGCUUCCGCCUGUCCAGCACCCGCCCGGUGGAGCUGAAGCUGGGGCUGCUGAUGACCAAGGGCCAGCUGGAGGUGGAGGUGGUGUGCGCGCGCCACAUCGCCCCCCGGGAGACGCCCCCCGACACCUACGUCAAGUGCUACCUGCGCGACGGCGAGCGCUGGCUGCAGAAGAAGAAGACGCGGGUGGUGCGCCACUCCUGCGAGCCCCAGUUCCGGCAGACGCUCAAGUACCAGGCGUGCGACGUGCUGGGGCGCAGCCUCGUCGUCAUGCUGUGGGAGCGCCAGGGGGGCUUCGAGCACAACCAGGGCUUGGGGGGCGCCGAGGUGGCGCUGGACUCGCUCACGCUCACGCAUCUCACUACCGGCUGUAAUCGAAAGCAGCCAAUUAUGGCUCUCGAGAGACGGAGCGCAUCAACGAUCACAAGUUGUUACGACUUGAAAAUCUGUCGCAUUGUCUGGAUUACGAAAACUAUUACGGAAACAUGCGAAAAAUGUACAAAAGGCAAGCAAAAUCACAAAUGAACAAUUUUUGGAAAGCACCCAAAUCUAAUAAAAAUUUAUUUGAAAACAUCAUUUGAUUAAAAAUAUUCUUACAACCAAACAAAGUUGGUUCACUGGAAAAUUCUUACAUGAAACCUAAACUCUAAUGACAUGCACAUACGAACCAGCAACAUGAAAGCAUCGUUCCGCCAGAUCAAGCAACUUUAAAAUUUCCUCAAGUUUCCACUAAUAAACUGAAAACGCAUGAAAGACCGAACAUGAAUCAUACAUAAAUGGUAAAGUUUGAUGCAUUUUAAUUCGGAACUGAAUUUAAGCUGAAAUAAUGAAAAAGUCAACUUUUGAUCGUUGAUGCUUCACAUUAUCAAACAAUAUUUUUAGUGAUCGAGCACACCGAGUGGAAUCAAAAGCGCUCGCACAUUUCAUAUCAUUUCCAUUGAUUAAUGAUUUAAGCGUAAAAUAAAAUUGAUUGCAAGGACCAAAGAAUUUGUACAGAUGCGUUAUUCAGAUUAUUUUUCUACGGAUUUAACUUUCAUUUAAUCACUAUUGUAAGAGAAGUAAGUUUGGGGGUGUCCAAACACGUAUUAUUGACAAGAAUAUAACAUAUAACAUAAUGAACUUAAGUGUAAAAAUAAAUGUGCUAAAUUACACCAAUGUAUAUAAAACUUAAUAGAUAGCAUUUGUUUGUUCGAAAAAAAUCCCCGCUCCAGGUGUCACUUUCACUGGUAGGGGUUUCCCCUUAUAGAUACGAAUACUUAGGAAGGAUUUUAUAUGAAAUUGUUUAAUAUUCAAAUCUUGCAUUACCUUCAUAUCACACUAUCAUUUACGCUCAGGUGGUUCGUUGUUUUCUUUUUUUUCUGCAUAUCAUGACAAUCUGUAGAAUAAAUUACGAAAGCGUUUAAUGUAGGAAACCACGUUUCAGCAUCUUUGGCUAUGCGAGAAAACAUCAUACGUAAUUUAACAUACUUUUAUUUAGUACAGUACAUUACAGAGUGACUCGGACAAGUCCGGCUUUUCAUUAGUCACUCUGUAUAUGAGGUAGAAACGUGACAAAAAUAUAUCUUUCACUCACAUGUUGAUAAAAAUGCCAAAAAGUAAGCACUCUGUGAUUUUCUCAUUACAUCACACUUCGUUUUAGUUUUUAUAGAAAAAUGUAAAUAAACGUCAGAAAAACUAAAGAUAAAAUUGAGUAAUUCGUACAGUGGGCACUUUAAUAAAAUAUUACUUAAUUCUGUCUUUAAAAAAAUAUUAAACAAACAAUUAACCUUAAAACCGAUACUCUCUGGUCAUCAAUUUUGAAAUCACUGCGAUUUGGCGGGGAAUUUUAAUGGGAGAGUUCAAAAUUUUUCACCAGAGGGCGCUUGAAAAACGAUUUAUAUUAAUUAUCUGCAAAAAUAAGCACCUUGUUUGGGUCAUUCUAACAAAUAAACUACAUUAUUUUUUGACUUCCUGAAAAAGGUACCAAAGUUUUUGCAGAUACAGGGUGUCCCAGCGAUGUGAAAAAGUCCAUAUUGACCUUUAAAUGUUAGAAAAUUAUUCUUUUUUUUUACGAACUAACACCCUGACUGAAUUAUUUUCAAUUAUACAGAGUGUUUCCAAAAUUAGCUACAACACUUUGUUUUUUUAAAUGGAACAACCAAUAUUUUUUGCAUUUUUAGAUGUGGAUUUUAACUUUAAGCUAAAUUGUUAGUGGUCGAUUCUGCUUUGUUUUUGAAUUAAUUUGAUUUUUUUGAAGAAAAAACGCUUUGAAAAAAAAAACAAUAUAUAAAAAUUAAUAAUGUCAGAAAAGUGGAUCUUUCACUACUUAAAAAAGAAAGUUCAAAUUUAAAGGAUGUAUAAUUUUUUUCGCUUACUGCAGUCAAGAAGAUAAAAAAUGAAGAUGUUUGUUACAAAUUUUAAAUGGAACAUCCAUUUUACUCUUUUACUCUCUUUCAAAUUAAAUGAGAUCUCAGUAGACAGUGAAAAUUUGAAUUUAAGUUGGUUAUACUGUUAUUUUUACUAUCUUCACAUAAUAUUAAUAGUUGGUAUUUGUUUUCCAAUUAGAUGUGUCAAACUGUUACAAGAUUUGUUAUUCAAUUAUUUAAUUCAAAGCGUUUUAUAAGGUUUUAUUAUUGUUCUUCAAGCACUGUGACAUAGUUUUUUCUAGAGUAACCUCAAAUUUUAUUUGACGUUUUGAGUUUUAGCAACCAAACGUAAACAUAACAUAAAACGUUAAGGUCGUUUUACACAGUCAUGGCCUGCCGCAAUAUCUUUUAUUUUGAAAACGAGUAUAUAUAUUGUUUCAGAAAUGGAAAUGUGAAAUUUUCAACUAAUAAUAACUUUAAUGUUACCCUUAGGCUAUUAUUCGUCAUUUAUUACAGUGAAAUAACUAGAGUUUUAAUAUUUAUGGCGAAUUUUUAAAUUCUCGUAUAAACUCCAACAAAUAGUCUGUGUUGGAGUUGCUAUGGUUAUGGCAUGGCUUACUAUGGUAACGACAAUGCUCAUGAAUAUUGUGCACUGCUGUUGCUGAAAUUAACUUCUAAAGUGAAAUAACUAUUUAGUUAUUAACUUUAGACAUUUGAAACUUUAUGUUUUUAGUUAGACAAUUGAGAAGCAAGAACAAAAAAUAAGGUGUUCUAUUUAAGUUUUUCAAAUUAUUUAACUUUCACCGAACUACUUAAUUUUUUCUGUGUUUUUGUCAAAAAAAUCAAAUUAUUUCAAAAACUGAGCAAAAAAAAUCGCCAAUAUAAAAAGCUACGUCCAAUAAUGCAAUUAAAUUUAGGGCGUUCUAUUUAUAAAAAACAUAACAUAACUAGUGUUUUUUAAUAUUGGGACAUCCUAUAUAUACACCGCAAUAUUUUAGAAAUACGCUGCAGAAACGCAGUUAUAAUCUAAAAAAAAAUUAAAAAGUCAACAUCUUUAAUAACAAAUAAGUUAUGGAGCUUUUUUGGAUCGUUGGGACACCCUGUAUGAUAAAUAAAAGGCUGACGAAAAUUUGAAAACACUGAGCAAUUGGUACAAUUCCAUGUACAAUAGAAGUUUUCAAAUAUUUGUUCAGUGAAUAUUAAUUCUGAUUUGCUGUGAGUUAAAAUGCAUCAUAAAUAAUUCUGUCCAAGUUUGGACCAUAGUAUAUCACACCUACCUUUUUGAAUCACUAUUUACUCAAUUUUCUCUACUACCAGUUUUAUCUUACUGUAAACCUCCACUCUGUCGAUUUAUAUACGCCUAGAGUAGCUUGUUCAAACUAAAUGUGCUUUUAACACACGUUUUAAAAUCAAAGUUAACAUGCGGAUUUAAAUAAUUGUAAUUAAAGUGUUGACGCCUAAUCACGGUAAAAUAGUUAGAAAAUUUCGUAACACAAUAGCCAUAAGAAAUAGAAAAUCGAAUCAUCUUGCAACAGUUUGAAUCAACCGCCUAAAAACAAACAAACAAUCACAGCUGACGUAAAAUAUGCAAGUAAAGAUCCAAACUAAAAACGUAGGGAUAUAUAAAAAUGAAGCGACUGAAAAGCCCUGUUAGUGAGAUCUUUAUAGGUUCUGUCUUCCGUAGUGUAGCAGACCACAUCCAUAUCCCCUUGACAUUGGAUGGUACAUGUCUAAAACUAUAUUUUUAUGAAAAGAAUCGAGAUUCUUAGCAAGAUCGUAUGAGACUUUUGAUACAAUUUGAUCGACUUGUGUAUUUCCUAGCCUGUUCUAAAUAAUCAAUGGCCUAACAUUGAAACGCGACAAUCCUCUUUAAUACAAUUACUCUAUGGACGAUAUUCGUUUCUAAAUGUUAUAAUUGUGUGGACAUAUCCCUUCUACUAGCUAGUGACAAUCUGUUCAUGUGAUGUUAUUCAAACUUUAGUUACGUGGAACUGGAUUGCAGCUUUUUCUACUCAAACCAUUUAACGACGUUGCAGUCCAGAACCAAUCGUUCGGAUAAUUUAUACAUGUUAUUGCUGUGCCAUGGAGCAUGAUUGUUGACGUUAAGAAAAGGCAGCUCAUGCUUCUGUUUUGUUUUAACAUAGAUAUAACAAUGUUACUUUAACAGCCAUUUAUAAAUGUGUUGAAAAUCCGAAUUAUUUUGUUAUAUUAUAACUAAUAAUCAUAAAUGUGUUGUUCAUAAAUGUAAGAGCUGGAGAAAUAAAGAUACUUGUAAAAACUG